CGCGAGCAACACAGCGUACAUUAUUGUGCAACACCCUCCACCACUGGCUCGUCCUGCUCCACGUGUGCGUUGAGCGAGAAAGUUGCCAGCCAAACGACGUCGACGCUUCGACACAUUCACCACCAACACUGCACGACGCAACUUCGACAACGCCCGAGAACGCUCGCCUGGGCAUCGACACCACCGCCGCUCGCUCGCGCCUGCUUCUACACGCUCCAACCGACCGGCAUCGACGUUGCACUCUCGCGUGCGUGACGUUGCCAGCGCUGCAUCAUCCUCGUUGCUCCGCACCUAUUCCCGCGUCCCGCCUCGAAAAAUCAUCGCCAUCGACGCCCCCGCAGCUCCUCCAUCGAACACAUCUUCUCGCGUUCAUGGUCACCACUCCACCUCUGCACCACUGCUCCCUUGACCGGUAAGGAGAAGAUAACCUCCGCCGAGCGCUGCCAGACGCCGGCGCGGCGAAACUGCGCAUUGCAGGACCGCGUUCUCCGCGGCGCCUGGCGCUAUGGGAAAGAUCAAGAAGGUCGCUACUGAGCGGCAUACCUCGACACUUUCACCUUUCGUGAAAGAUUUCGUGAAGCAGUCGAUAGAGAUCCCUCUUUAUCAACUGCCAGCAAAGCUCGAUGAGUUUCCACAACACUGGCCGCUACCUCGAGGCGACCUGUACCACUGGAUUGCGUUGUUGGACCGCUUCGACCAUGUUCUGGAGUUGUUCAACAAGGAAUACGGUCUGAGCGAGGGACCUCAAACCCAGCAAUUCGAGAGAAGAGUGUUGCAAAAGGGAGAUGCGGCAGAAGACACACCAUAUCCUGCCGUUGGCGGUCAGACACAAGAGUUGGACGCUGCUGGCUAUUCGGCGGAAGGAGAUCGAGAGCUGGUGGAAUCGAUACUUCGCUUUACUCGUUUGCUGCUGGAACACUGUGGCAACCGAAGUCUGUACGCCAGCAGCACCCAUAUCAAUGAUCUGCUUCACACCACGUCUUUGAGCUUGCUGCAGCAAUGUCUGAAGCUGGGCCUGCGGCUUGCCCAGCGCUAUCAAGUCGCGCGGUACAAGAAUCACAACCCAGCACACCAGGCUGUCCUACUUGCAAACCACUACAACAUCAACUUGGACAAUUUGCACAAGAUUGCAAUGCCCUUUCCCAAGCCUCAGAGUCAGAACAAUAGCUCGUUGCAGUCUUCGGGGAAGGCGAAGGAGAAGCCGGCCACAUUACCCACCUUCAUCCCCACGGACUUGGUAGCCAUUGCCAAAGGCCCGAUGCCGGCUCCCGUUCGAAGCGCUGUGUCUACUGUAUCGUUGAGCUACUACGAGCAGACGUCCGCCGAGCCAUCUCAGACGCCCUCAUCACAUCUCAGCCAAAACACACCAUCUACACCUACUCCGGCGCGGAGGGCUUCAAACCUGGGGCCCUCGCGCGAUCGUCCAUCAACGGGUGAUAGGAGUGCCUCGGCCGAAGAUUCACCUGCGCUUUCUGGGAAGCAGCGAGAGCAAGACAACUCCUCGCCGACAGCCCCAAAGCUAUUUACCAUAUCAUCGACGAAAGUGGCUCAAACACCAGCGUGGGAUCUUGUGAAGGAAUCUCUCGACAAGGUGCCAGUUGACAUGCAGUAUGAAGUACUCAACCGCAUUCGUAUCGCGAAGGCAUUCGCGUCGCCUGAGGUGAAUGCGCAGGAAAUCCUUGAAGUCCGCCUUCUAGCUAUUGCCAAUCUGGUCUAUGCACUGAGUGAGAGCAAGCUACAGGAGAGAAUUGGCAUCCCAGAUGCCGAAGAGCCGAGACGCUAUCAUCUUGCGCAGCAGCUAUCCGAUCUUCUCCAGCCAGCUGCAGACGGUCAGACGCCCUUGACUUUGCAAACGGAGACCACAGUUCUCAUGACUUUGGAGGCCCUGAGCAAGAGUCGCAAUAAAGUCUCUGAGGUGGGCGAUGCUCUUGCAAUCUCGGUCAACCAUGGUGUGCUGUACUACGAGCUUCGAAAGCUCAUCAGUACACUGUCAGUUGCUCCAAAUGCCAACAAAGCCGUGGAACUCGAAGAGAGCCAAUGGCGAGAUGCCGUCUUCGAUCUCAUCAACAGCCUGUUGCAGUGUAAUGCUCAAGCUCGCUACGGAGAGAAGAUGGUGGCCGCUGGUGUCAUGGGCAUCCUCGUAGAGGCUUUGCAGCUGCGGACUUCUCGCGCCGAGCGAUUCUACGAGCGUACCUUGCAAUUCUUUGACAGCUUCGUACACGGCAUCAGCACCGCGUUCCAAACACUUGCGGAUGUUCGUGGACUAGACAUCAUUGCCGAUCUGACAGCGUCCGAGGUCAACACAGCACUUGAGAAAUCCAGGAACGGCAAUGGCUUGCCAAAGGAAUACAAGUCCAGAGUUGUGGAUUACGAAAUUCCCUUCUACCAGCAGUCCACACUGCGCCAGUUGUUCAAGAAUACUGUGCACAUGUUUGAGCAUAACACGGGUGGUCAUGACCGCCUGCUGAGGAAUUUGAUCGACACCCCACAAGUUCUAGGCGCUUUGCGCAGUGUGAUUGAAAAUUCAUCAAUUUUCGGCGCCAACGUAUGGAGUGGUGCAGUGAACAUCAUCAGCAGCUUCAUCCACAACGAGCCGACGAGUUACCAAGUAAUUGGCGAGGCUGGACUCAGCAGAAGUCUUCUAGAAUCCAUAACCCAGCAAAAGAUUCCCGACGAGCUGCCUCCUCCUGGCGAGAUCGUGAGCGCAAGCGAGACGCCAUCAAUCGUGGCGAACGAUGACGGCCAGCCGAUCUACCCAUCUGUCACAGGCAUUCUGCCAGUGGGCGAGGUCUUGUGUGAUGUUCCUACCGCAUUUGGGGCAAUCUGCCUCAACGAGAACGGCAUGCAACUCUUCCAAGCGUCUGGUGUUCUGGUGAAGUACUUCGACAUUUUCCUAUCGCCAAUGCACGUCCGUGCAAUGGAAGAUGAAGGACAGACUGCAGCAACCAUCGGACAUGCUUUCGACGAAUUGGCGCGUCAUCAGCCACGAUUGAAGAGUCAGAUCAUGGCGGCCGUGUUCAACAUGCUGAAGCGACUCAAGGAGCUGACUGCCAUUCUAUCUCGUGGCAAACAGGCCGGCGCCAAGCUUUGGGAAGCCGCCGAUGGAAAACUCGUUGUCGCAGGCGGCAGCGCAGCUUUGACAGCGGGCACGGUGGAUGCCGCAACGCAGACAGGUUCGAGUGACGCUGAUGGCGACUCAUCCUCGCGCGUAGAGGUCGCUGCUCACGACGCCUCCGCAGACGAGCGAGAGUAUGCUCCUGCGAUCUGCUAUCUCAGUGCUUGCUUCAAGUUUCUGGAAGGCUUCUUCCACAACAGUGGCAUGUGCAAUCUGUUCUGUGAAGAAUCGGGCGCCGAACUCCUGCUCGAUCUGGCCAUGAGUCCAAGCAAUCCGCAUGACCUGGUUGCAUUCCCACUUUUCAGCAAGCUCACGCAAGUUCUGAAGACCAUGUGUGAAGCCAAGGCGCCGUUGGUGUUGCCAAGCAUGAUCAAGAGGACACAGCGUGCCGUGGCCGACCUUAAGGAAUUCAUGAACGUUGACAGCCGAUCCAGCUCCUUCUCAAGCUUUCUCGAUCUGUCACAAAGCGGCAAUUCAAGCCUUUCGGCCGGCACCAACGGCACUGCGAUAGUGAAAGCAUUGCUGAACACGCAUAUGCUGACCCACAUCCUUGGGCGAACUUUGGCGCCUCCACCAUACACACUGCGACACGGCCAGAACAACCAUGUCUUCGCCAACCUCAACUUUACAGAUGUUUAUAUCGAACUCGUGGAUGAUCUGAGCAGACUGCAUGCAUCUUGUCUUUGGGAGGGCCUCCUCAUGCUGCGUGACAUGCCCGAUGACAAGCUCACUAAGACUGAUCCCCGGGCGUUCCACAUGCGCCGUGUUGACAAUGAGGGCUAUGUCGAUUUCGCAACCGACCGCAGUGAUCCAGCUCGCUUGACUCUGAACGGGGGUUCCUCAGAUGGGUCAGAUGAGAACAAGGCUCCUGCUGCUGUUCUCAGUCUCAAGAACACUCGCACCAUACGCUAUCUUCUGAGCCAGGUUCCGAUGGGCAUUGAAUCGUUCUUUCAUUCACUUGGCCAAGCCAUAGUGACAAAGCGGGCCACAGACGCCAUCGUCAGACAACACGCCAUAUUCGUCGCCGAACAUCUCGCGAAGGCUGUUCUCUGGGAACUUGCCUACAGACGAAACGAGGCCCACGAGGAGGGCAUGGAACUCAAAUAUGUGUGCCACAUUCUGAAGAUGAUCGGUCGGAUGCUAGUACGCAAUUCGUACUCGAUGGAAACUUUUGGCGCCAAAGAGGCUCUGACAUUGGUCAUGACAAAAUUCUACGCAGCCGGCGGUUUCGACAAGUUGAAUGAUUACCUCGAUAGGUUCGUGCGAUUGCUCGUUCAACGACCUGACGCUUUCAAGCCCGACACAUCCGUGAAGGACGCCAUUACAGCUAUCUUGGGCUUCUACAGCCAAAUAGCACGGUCCAAGUGCAUUAACGACGCGAGCCAGUCCAAUAACAUCGUCGUCAAGCACUCGACACAACCAGACUAUUUCCAGCCUGGACAAUUCGUUGUUGAAGUGCGGCACGCAAUUCUUCCUGCCAUCAGCAAUAUCUGGCGCUCUGAGCAUAUCGAGAAGUUCAGCAAGGGAAAUGUGGAAUCAGUAGUCACUAUUCUUCGCCUCAUACUCAAAGCUGAGGGCGAAGAUCGGGCUCUGAGACGUAGUGACCAAGCUAGUCGACGAGUGCUGGCACGUCGGCCUGGAUUCCGACUGCGAAACACCGAACAUCUCAGCGACCUGACGAAUGCAGGGUUCGAUGCAAGCCUCAGUCGCGAGGCCCUGUAUCGCUGUGCCGGGCACCAUCCCCAAGCAGAGGCAUACUGUAGAUUGCGACAGAAGGACCCUCGAGUACCACGCUUUCCAAUUCCAGAAGGAGAGGAAACAGCCACGCCGAGCGACCCAACCGAACAACGAGCGCAGUCUGAUGUCCAGGUAAAUGUUGGUCCGGCGCUCGGCAGUGAUGAAACCAUGCAGGACGAGGAUGCUUUAGCGCAGUCGUCGGAUCAUGACAUGGCAAAUGAGGAGGACUUUGGUUCUCUUGGACGAAUUCCGGCUGGUAUGCUUCGAGACGAAGAUCUUGCCGCCGCGAUUGCAGGCCCUGUAGCACGAGAGUUAUUGGCGUCAGCACCACAACCCUCCGCACCGACACUCGAAGGCACGGACACACAGCAGCCUUUUGUCACUAUUGAUGAUUUGAACGAGGAGCGCGAGAAAGUGCGUGAAGACCUCAUCGACCAGUGCUUGAAUGUUCUCGGAACACAAGAUGGCAUUACCUUUGAAUUGGCCGAUCUCAUCCAUGCUGCCGUGGCCAAAGCAGGUGAAGGCGCAAGCCCAAGAGCAGAGAUAGGCACAACCCUGGUGUCUUCACUGAUCUCUUUACAAGGUGAAGAGGGCAGUCCGGAGGCUGGCAAAAAGAUCCACGCAUACGCUCAUCUCGUCGCACUCAUUUUGCAAGAUCGCGAUUUCUUUGACUCGACGCUGGAUGAGUUGAAAGAAUAUUUUGGAAGCCUCGUCAGCUGGGUCCAGCUCGAGACAGACCAAAAGGCCGAAGAUGCUCCGUGGGUGGAGAUGAUCCUCCUUAUCAUCGAGCGUGUUCUGGCUGAAGACGAGCAACCGAUCGAGAUUGAGUGGACGCCGCCGCCAUCCGACGAUCCUCUGAAGCCUCUACCAAAGAUCACCGAACCAGAGCCUGUUGUGUCUGCAGAGUCACGGGCGCAGCUUUUUGACGCUCUUGAAGGGUUGCUGCCCAAAGUCGGCAAGAACAAAUCGCUGGCGUUGUCCAUCUGCCGCAUUCUCGUUGAGCUGACGCGACGUCGCGACCUAGCCGCACGAUUGAGCACUAAGCAGACGCUUAACAAAUUGUUCGUCAUGAUCAGACAGCUUGCGGCACCACUUGAAGACAAGCUGCAAUCAACCUUCCUUAUGAUACUGCGUCAUAUGAUCGAGGACGACCAGACGAUCCGGCAAAUCAUGAGGGCAGAAAUACGGGUUGCGUUCGACAAUCAUCGCUCGACCCGUCCAAUGGAUACGUCGUCCUACACGCGCAGCCUAUAUUAUCUCGCUAUUCGUGAUCCACAGGCUUUCGUAGACGUCACGCAAGAGCUGCUCGAGAUCGCGAGGUACGAUGGAAACCCCCAUCGAGGUCAACAUCUCAGCUUGAAGAAAUCAGAGGCUUCGCAGAAUGCACCCGCAUCACCUUCGGCGGCCAAGGCAACUCGAUCGGUACCAGAAGGACAAAAAGCGACAGAAUCAAAAUUGCCGACUGCAGAAGUCCCCGAUGGGGUGGUUCAAUUCUUACUGCGCGAGUUAUUUAUCUGGAAAGAUGUUUCGGAUCCUUCUCCUGGAAAGGACACCCUUCCGAAAAAUUCUGCCGACGAAGACCGAACCGCGGACGUGGAGAUGGCGGAUGUUUCCCCAGCCAUUGCAAACUUCACUUCGGCAGUGCAAAAGCCUGCAGAUGCGAAGAAUGAGCGGCCAGCAUUCAAGCCCGAAGAGCAUCCAACUUACCUCUAUCGUUGCUUCUUGCUGCAAUGCGUGGCGGAGCUCGUAGCUUGCUAUAAUUCUAGCAAGCUUGAGUUCAUCAACUUCAAGCAUAAGACCAACACACAGCCGGCAACUCCGUCCAAGCCACGCUCUGGCACCUUGAACUAUUUGCUCAACAGUCUACUGCCUGUCGGCACUCUGGAACAUCGCGACGAUGUAGCGCACCGCAAGAAAGCUGCAACGUCGAACUGGGCGAUCAACGUUCUGGUGUCAUUGUGCACCAAGACGCAAGAGCGACAAUUGAGCAGUGUUCCGUCAUUCGACUCCGUUGACUUUGCGGAACAGGAACCGGAACUCACCCAAGUGAGGAAGUUUGUGCUUGAACACGCUCUUCGUGCCUUCAAAGAGGCGACUGCCUCCUCCGAACCUCUCGAUCACCGUUACUCUCGCCUGCUGUCGUUGGGUGAGCUGUUCAACCGCAUGUUGAAUGGAAAAGUCGACUUGCAGCGGUCAAACGUCGUCGCAGCCGGGUCAUUCUCUGCUCAUCAACAAAUUGGUCGCCUCAUGUACGAGAAGAGUUUCAUAAGUGCCCUCACCUCAGCGAUUGCGGAAUUGGAUCUGAAUUUCCCGAAUGCCAAACGCGCCGUGAAGUACAUUCUCGGCCCAUUGAAACAGCUGACUGAGCUGGGCGUUACUCUGAGCCAGAGUUCAGAUAUCUCUUCCAAUGUCACUGGAGGCAGUACCGAGGAAGACGACAUCUUGUCGACAACGUCCGUCUCCGAUGAAGACGAGGGCCGAGAGCAAACGCCAGACCUCCUUCGCAACACAACCCUCGGCGAAGAUGACGAUGAAUCGGAUGACGAAGACGACGACGAUGAUGAGGGCAUGGAAUACGAUGAGUACGACGAAGAAAUGGAGUACGAAGAAGAAGAGAUGCCCGAACACGGCGACGUAGUAAGUGAUGAGGACGAAGAUGGUCUCGACGGCAUGGGCGAAAUCGAAGGACGCCCGGGCGACAUGGAGAUCGAUCUCGAUGUCAUGGAAGAAGACGACGAGGAUGAUGACGAUUCCGACGAUUCUGAGGAGAGUUCCGAGGACGAUGAUGACGAUAUGGACCACGGAGAUGAAAUGGAUUACAGCCACAUGGAAGAAGUCACCGGAGAUGAUGAAAACGCUAGCCUUGGUGAGCAAGAUGCUGGCGACUGGGAAGAAGAGGGUCUCGAAUUUGAGCAUCAUGAUAUUGCCAUCGAUGGUGGCUCGCCACAUGGUGGGCCUCUUGAGCAUAUCGCGCACGUACUGGCAGGCGACGAUGUUUCCGAAUCUGGCGAACACGAUCACAUCGUCAGAAUCGACAUGGGCGAUGGCGAAGAAGAAUUCUUCGAGGACGAGAUGCCACCGGAAGAUGAUGAUGACGAUGAAGAAGAAGAGCCCGACUAUGGUGAGGACAUUGUGUACGAGCCAGAGAUUGAGGAUGACGAAGACGAAGAAGCAGAUGGCGGUUGGGCGUGGGAUGCUCAACCUGCACCAGCUGUGCUGCGUGGCGUACCGCACCACCAUCACCACCACACUCACUUGCACCGUGGCGGCUUCAACGAAAUGCUUGGCAUGAUCAACGACCCGCUACGACCUAUGGGCAUGAGAUCGCAUCGAUCAACUCCACAUGCUCGUGACGAGGAUGGCAUCAAUCCUUUGUUGCAGCGAGACAACGGCCAGCAGCGAGAACGAGACGCCUUUGACCCCCUUUCUGGUCGUCCAACCGCACGCCGCACGUUCCUACCACGCGUAGGUCCCGAGGCCAUCCUUCAAGAUUUAGUUGCUACCGUAGGACCAAACGUGGGCGGACAGCCUUUCGUCCUGGACCCCGGUGCUUGGCAAGGCAUAGGUGCCCUCGCACCUGGUUUCACCGUCCACACCAGAGGAGGUGGUCAUGCCAUGCUCGAUAUCGAUACAACGCGUUCCUUGCGUGAGCAACUUGGUGGCUCCGCUGACGGCCGGCGGUGGGCUGAAAUGCUCUCCGGCGGACGCGCCAUCGAUCGGGGUAGCGGCGGACACGAGGAAGCCCAAGCGGUCGAAUUCCGGGCUUGUUCCACGGCCAAUCGCUGGCAAGAAGAGGCUCGCUUGCUGUUCCCAGGCAAGUUCCACGAGAAAGCGUUGCGCGUCAUCAACAUGCUGCUGCGAGCGCUGGUUCCAGCUGCAAUGGAGGCGCGGAGAAUUCGCGAAAAGGAAGAAGCUGAGCGUCGUGCGGCCGCAGAGAAGGCAGAAGAGGAAGCCCGCGAGAAGGCUGAGGCUGAGAAGGCUGAGAAGGAGGCACAAGAGAAGCAGGAGCGCGAGGAGCGUGAGGCGAGAGAGCGUGCCGAACAAGAAGCUCAGGCUCACCAACAGGCCGAGCAAGCAGCUUCGACCGAAGAUGCUACUGUCAGCAUGGAAGGAGUUGAACAAGCUGGGGAUGAGGCGACUAACGAACCCGCCCCUGUGGCGCCUGAAGCACCGGGAGAACGAGUGACAAUCACCAUUCGGGGUCGUGAGCUUGACAUCACUACUCUGGGAAUCGACCGCGAGUAUAUCGAGGCCUUACCUGAGGACAUGAGAGAGGAAGUGAUCAUGACUCAGUUCGCAGAGCAGCGUUCUCAAGCUGUUCAAUCUGGAGAACCUCAGAGUGAGAUCAGUCGGGAGUUCCUCGAAGCCCUACCACGAGAGAUUCAGCAGGAGCUUCUGCGCUCAGAGCAAAUUGAGCGGCGUCGUCGUGAGAGAGAUGAGGAGCGUCAGCGCAGGGCUCAAGAAGGAGGACAGGCCAGUGCCGCACCUGCACAGCCAGAGGAGAUGAACAAUGCGGACUUUAUGGCGAUGCUGGAUCCCAACUUGCGCCAAGCAGUCCUGCUGGAUGCAGAUGAGACAGUUCUUGCCGCGCUGCCUGAUGAUCUUCAGGCCGAAGCUCGUGCGCUCCUAGGCGAUCGGCGACCGCGAGGUGAUGCAACAGGCCGUCUCGGUCGUGCCAUGGAAGGUGCUGCACGUAUCCUCAAUGGUCCUGGCAGCAAUGGCCGGACUGAUGCUGCAGCACGAGAACCAAGUCGACCACGCCGCCCUGUCGCCCAAAUGUUGGACAAGGCGGGCAUUGCCACGCUCUUACGGCUGAUGUUCGUGUCUCUCAACCACAAGGCCAAGAGUAACCUGCACGGCAUCUUGGCGGAUGUCUGCAAGAACACCCAGAACCGAGCAGAGGUCAUCAGCAUUCUACUUUCAAUCCUGCAGGACGGGACCGCCGACGUGAAUGCGGUGGAGCGCAGCUUCGCCCAUCUAUCACUGAGAGCCAAGCAACCGGCAGGGCCCAAGACACCUCAACCUCUGAAGCGCAGCCUCACAGGCCCUCAGGCCACAACACCCAGCACGGACUUGUCACCGCUGAACAUUGUUCAGCAGUGCUUAGGCACCUUGAACGCGCUGGCGAACGAGAACCCACGUGUGCCCUCGUUCUUCCUCAACGAGCAUGAGACGAUCACAAGCCAGCGAGUGACGCCGGCCAAGAAGGGCAAGGAUCGUGAGAGCAAAGCUGGCAGGUUUCCACUGAAUGCUCUGCUCACCUUACUCGACCGCAAGCUGAUUACGGAGAACACCGCUGUCAUGGAGACAUUGGCCUCCCUACUGAGCCAUGUGACACAUCCUCUGACAAUCCUCCUCAAACGUGCGAAGGAAGCUCAAGACUCUGCACCAGAAGAAGUCACCGACACCACGGCCCCUGCGGAUCAGUCAGGUUCGACCACCAAUGCUCCUGAUGUCCCGAUGCAAGAGGCAUCAACAGCCGAAAAUACAUCAGUACCAUCUGAAGAGCCGCCAAAGGAAAGCACCGAGGCAAAGAAGAAGCACCGCGAUCUCGUACCGCCCGAGGUGCCAGAAGAGAACAUUGGCCUCGUGGUCAACAUUUUGGCUGCCCGUGAAUGCCCUACCAAGACGUUCAGUGACACGUUGGACAUCAUCAAGAAUCUGUCUUCGAUCCCUGGCGCCAAGGAAGUCUUCGGCAAGGAGCUCAUCCGCCAGGCACAGGAACUCGGUGAUGGUCUUCUGACGGAUCUGGAACAUCUCGCCAACCAAAUCCGGGCUGCUGAGAAUGGCACCGACCUUCAAGGCAUGGCGCUCGCGAGUUUCUCCUCUGCAGGUGCGAAGCAGAAGAAGCUUCUCCGCGUUCUGGUUGCCCUCGACCAUCUGUUCGAUCCAAAGCGCAUCCCACAAGCUACAGCCGCAUCAGACGCUGGUAGUGAGCAGAAGUUAAAGGAUGACAUCCUUUCCACGCUGUACCGAAGCCCUACUUUCGAAAAGCUCUGGGCUAGCCUCAGUGCCUGCCUCGCAGCUAUCCGCCAACGCGGCAACAUGGUCAACGUCGCAACCAUUCUGCUACCGCUAAUUGAGUCCUUGAUGGUGAUGUGUCGCAAUAGCGCACUAAAGGAGAAUGCAGCCAAUGCGUCGUCGUCUGUUGAUGUCGAUGUGAGUACGCCGCCUCCCGACACUCGUGUCGAGAGCCUGUUUUUCAGCUUUACGGAGGAGCAUCGCAAGAUCCUAAACGAGCUCAUUCGCAACAACCCCAAGCUCAUGAACGGAAAUCUCGCGAUUCUGGCCAAGAACUCCAAGGUACUUGAGUUCGACAACAAGCGCGCAUACUUCAGUCGCAAGCUUCACGACCGCAGAGCUGAAGUACGCGUGUCGCAUCCGUCUCUGCAACUCAACGUGCGCCGCGACCAAGUCUUCCACGAUUCUUUCAAGUCGCUCUACUACAAGAGUCCAAACGAGAUCAAGUACGGCAAACUCAAUAUCCGUUUCCAUGGCGAAGAGGGAAUUGAUGCCGGCGGUGUGUCGCGUGAAUGGUUUGCCGCCAUGGCUCGACAGAUGUUUAAUCCCGACUACUGCCUCUUCAACCCUGUGGCUGCCGACCGAACCACAUUCCACCCCAACACACUCAGCACCGUUAAUCCUGAACAUCUGCUGUUCUUCAAGUUUAUUGGGAGAAUCAUCGGCAAGGCUCUAUACGAGAACAGAGUCCUUGACUGUCACUUCAGCAGAGCGGUGUACCGCAAGAUCUUGGGCAAGUCUGUGUCUCUGAAGGACAUGGAGACUCUCGACUUGGACUACUACAAGUCACUGGUCUGGAUUCUGGAGAACGACAUCACUGAUAUCACCUUCGAGACCUUCUCCGUCGACAUCGAUAGGUUUGGUUCUACUGAGACCGUCGAUCUUAUCGAGAAUGGCCGCGAAAUUCCAGUGACUGAGGAGAACAAGCACGAAUAUGUUCGCCACGUUGUGGAGUAUCGCCUGAUCAAGUCUGUACAGGCGCAGCUCGAUGAGUUCCUUACCGGAUUUCACGAUAUCAUUCCUCCUGAGCUCAUUUCCAUCUUCAAUGAACAGGAGCUGGAGUUGCUCAUCUCUGGUCUUCCUGACAUUGAUGUUGAUGAUUGGAAGAACAACACUGAGUACACGAACUACACACCCACUUCUCCACAAGUCCAGUGGUUCUGGCGUGCGGUUCGCAGCUUCGACAAAGAAGAAAAAGCCAAGCUCUUGCAGUUCGUCACAGGUACUAGCAAAGUUCCACUCAACGGUUUCAAGGAGCUGGAAGGUAUGAAUGGCUUCUCGCGCUUCAACAUCCAUCGUGACUACAGCAGCAAGGAGAAGCUACCAUCCAGUCACACAUGCUUCAAUCAGCUCGAUCUUCCUGAGUACGAUAGCUACGAGCACCUUCGGCAUCAACUGUACACUGCCAUCACCGCAGGUAGUGAGUAUUUUGGCUUCGCAUAGAUGGAGCACAGCGGCAUGCGCAAGGAGGAGUAUUGGCGUUUAGCGUUCACGUUAAGGGCGGCAAGCAUUGGAACGGCGCGUUAUGGGUAUUGUGCGUACUAGCUAGAAGCUGCGUGGAAGUUCAGGCCCCGCGUAGCGAUGUAUCAACAGCAUAGCUCGUAAAUAUUAAUGGCAGAGC